AUGGCGGCUGGAGGUGCCGUCCAGGAGCUCUGCGAGGAAGCCUCUUGCUCCAUCUGCCUCGACUAUUUCAGGGAUCCCGUCAUGAUCGUUGAGUGCGGCCACAAUUUCUGCCGCGCCUGCCUGACCCGCAGCUGGGGGGCGCCGGGGGCCGAGGCUUCCUGCCCUCAAUGCAGAGGGCGAGCUCGGAAGAGGAACCUCCGGCCCAACCAGCAGCUGGCAAACUUUGUGGAAAUAAUCCAGAAACUCAGUCUGCAAGAGGGAAAGGGGGCAGAAGGCGAGGGGGGCGUCUGCGAGAAGCACCAGGAGCCCCUGAAGUUUUUCUGCGUGGAAGACGAAGCCCCCCUCUGCGUGGUCUGCAGCAGAUCCGAGGAGCACCAAGACCACCAGGUGAUUCCUCUGGAGGAGGCUUUGCAAGAAAAGAGGGCAGUCGUGGUUGGUAGAAGAGAGAGAGUUUGCCAGAAGCACCAGGAGCCGCUGAAGCUCUUCUGCAAGGACGACAAAGCUCUCAUCUGUGUGGUCUGUGACCGAUCCAAGGAGCACAGAAAUCAUGAAACCCUUCCUCUUGAGGAGGCCUCCCAAGAGUACAAGGAUCAGUUCUGCAACAGUCUGGAGAUGCUGAAGAAGGAGAGGGAAAGAAUUGUGGCGUGUAAAGCAGAUGUAGUGAAGGAAAGCCAAGACUUGCUCAAGCAAGCUACAGGAGAGAAGCAAGAGACGGCAGCCAAGUUCAGGCAACUAUACUCAUUUCUGGAGGAGCAAGAGAAACUUCUGCUGGCCCGGAUGGAAGAGGUGGAGAAGGAGGUGGCAAGAAACAGGGAUCAGCACCUGACUGAACUCUCUGAAAAACUCUCCUCUCUGGACAGCCUCAUCUGGGAGAUGGAGGAGAAAUGUCAGCAGCCAGCCAGUGAACUCCUGCAGGAUGCCAGAAGUACCUUGCAGAGGUAUGAAGAAAAAGAGGUGUUUGAGGAUCCAGUGGCUUUUCUUCCUGCACAGAAGGGGUGCAUCUUGGACUUCUCCGAUCUAAAUCUCUUUUUGGAGGGCAUCAAGAAUCAAUUCAAAGAAACUCUGAAUUCUGGACUUGACCUGCAGAAAGCAAAUGUGACUCUGGAUCCAGACACGGCCCAUCCCCAACUCAUCCUGUCUGAGGAUCGGAAAAGCAUGAGAUGGGGAGGAAAAGCUCAAGCUCUGCCCAGCAACCCUGAGAGAUUUGAAAACUGUUACACUGUUCUGGGCCGUCAGGGAUUCAGAGCAGGUCGCCAUUACUGGGAAGUCCUUGUGGGAAGUGAGGAAGGAUGGCGUGUGGGGGUGGCCAGAAAGUCCGUGGAGAGGAAGGGAGGGAUCAUCUUUAGUCCUGAGGAAGGGUUCUGGGCUGUGGGGAAGUGGGGGGGCUGCUACAGGGCUGCCAUCAAAGGCAUAAACCCUCUCCUGUCCCUGACCGGGGAGCCCAAGAGGAUCCGAGUCCGCCUGAACUACGCUGGGGGCCGAGUGGCCUUUUUCGACGCUGACCGAGGAUCCCUUCUGUUCAAGUUCUCCGGAGCCUCCUUCCGUGGAGAGACCCUCCUGCCCUUCUUUCAGGUGUGGGGAAAUGGCCACCUCAAACUCUCUUCCAUGGCGGCCGGGGGUCUCGUCCAGGAGCUGUGCGAGGAAGCCUCUUGCUCCGUCUGCCUGGACUACUUCAGGGACCCGGUGACCAUUGCAGAGUGCGGCCACAACUUUUGCCGCGCCUGCCUGACCCGCAGCUGGGGGGCGUCUAGGGCAGAAACGUCCUGCCCCCAGUGCAGAGGGAGAGCGCAGGAAGGGACCCUCCGGCCCAACCAGCAGCUGGCCAACUUUGUCCAAAUAGCCAAAAAAUUCACCCUUCAGGAGGGAAAGGAGGCAGUUUGCCAGAAGCACCAGGAGCCGCUGAAGCUCUUCUGCAAGGACGACAAAGCCCUCAUCUGUGUGGUCUGUGACCGAUCCAAGGAGCACAGAAAUCAUGAAACCCUUCCUCUUGAGGAGGCCUCCCAGGAGUACAAGGAUCAGUUCUGCAACUGUCUGGAGAGGCUGAAGAAGGAGAGAAAAAGAAUUGUGGCAUGUAAAGCAGGCGUAUUAAAGGAAAGCCAAGACUUGCUCAAGCAAACCACAGGAGAGAAGCAAGAGUCGGCAGCCAAGUUCAGGCAACUACACUCAUUUCUGGAGGAACAAGAGAAACUUCUGCUGGUCCAGAUGGAAGAGGUGGAGAAGGAGGUGGCAAGAAACAGGGACCAGCACCUGGCCAAACUCUCCAGGAAACUAUCCUCUCUGGACAGCCUCAUCCGGGAGAUGGAGGAGAAGUGUCAGCAGCUGGCCACUGAACUCCUGCAGGGUGCCAGAAGCACCUUGCAGAGGUACAAAAAAAAGGAGGUGUUUGAGGAUCCAGUGGCUUUUCCCCUUGCACAGAAGUGGCACAUCUGGGACUUCUCCGAUUUAAAUCUAUUUUUGGAGGGUAUCAAGAAGCAAUUCAAAGACACUCUGGAUUCUGGACUUCUCUUGCAGAAAGGUAAUGUGACUCUGGAUCCAGACACGGCCCAUCCCCAACUCUUCCUGUCUGAGGGUAGGAAAAGCGUGAGAGAGGGAGAAAAAACUCAAUUUCUGCCCAGCAGUCCUGAGAGAUUUGACAUAUAUCCUGCUGUGCUGGGCCGUGAGGGAUUCACAGCAGGCCGCCAUUUCUGGGAAGUCCUUGUGGGAAGCGAGGAAGAAUGGCGCAUGGGGAUGGCCAGAAAGUCCAUGAGGAGGAAGGGAUGGAUCACCCUUAGUCCUGAGAAAGGGAUCUGGGCUGUGGGGAAGUGGGGGGGCUGCUAUAAGGCUUCUGAAACAGGCCGUAACUCUCCCCUGACCCUGACCGGGGAGCCCAAGAGGAUCCGAGUCUGCCUGAACUACGCUGGUGGCCGAGUGGCCUUUUUUGAUGCUGACCGAGGAUCCCUGAUCCACGAGUUCUCCGGAGCCUCCUUCUCUGGAGAGACCAUCCUGCCCUUCUUUUACAUGAUGGGAAAUGGCCACCUCAAACUCUCUUCUUAA